AUGGAUAUAAACUUGGCUGACUCUAUGACCUCUAUUCUACCUCCUAAUUGGGAAGAAAUUGCUAAUAUGAGAUUAUAAAUGCUUGAAUUGGAGUACCAAGAAUGCCAGAAUGCCCAAAUUAAAGGAGAUCCUAAUGACUUCAAGGGACUGCAGUAUGUCCUAGAUUAAACUGAUGAAUAAUUCCCACAAGAAUAGGAGAAUAGUCAAGAGAGCAGAGUAAAAGACACUGAUCAUUAUCUUUAAAAAGCUAAUAACGACAGUGAUGUGGAGUCUGAGCCAAAUUAAUCUUCCUCUGAUGAAGAUGAGGGAAAUAAUUAAGAUGGCUUUGAAGAUUUCCAAGAUGGUGGCUACCAUGCUUUAGAAUCAGAUCAUGACUCAGCAGAUAAUGAGCUGCCUGCAAUUGAGGGAUAGCAGGAAAAUGAGAAUUAGAGCAAGAACUAAGAUAUUCCUGACAUCAAAGACGAUGAAGAGCCUAAGGAAUACAAAGAGAGCUAAGAUAUCUUUCACCAAAGCUUUUAGAAUGUCCAGACUAAUCACACAGUCUCUUGGAAUUAAAAAGACUGGGAUGAGAUUGACGAAGAUAAGCUGCAAAUUGCUAAGGCUCAGGAGAAAAAGAGAGCUGAGGACAGUUAGCCAAUGACAGAGGAUAAACAAAAUCAAGAACACGAUGUCAAAAUUGAAUCUUCCAGCUCCGGAAUGGGCCAAGAGGUAUUUAAGUUUAUGUAUUAAUGA